GGUCUGUGUGACCCGCACGGCCCGGCCCGCAGGGAGACCCGAGCGCAUGACCCGGGCGGGGGUGGCUGGUCACACGCGGGUCCUCCCGGACGCAUGGCCCGCGCGGCCCAGCGCCCCGGCCCCCGCCCCCGCCCGGGCCGCGCCUCGAACCUCAGCCCGGGACCAGAACCCGAGCUUAGCCCGGGUGCCGCCACCUGCGGCCCCGUGGCCCCCGCUCGCCUACACCGGUCUCGCCGCUACCUGCGGCCGGAGCCCCCAGCGCGCCCGCGCAGCCCCACGCCCUGGGCCGGCCGCUGCCGUACUCUCCCCCGGCGACGCUGCCAGCGCUCGCGGGCCGCGCAAGCCGCCAAGCGGCCGGGGGCCAUCGCCCCGGGCAACCGCGGGACGCCGGGCAGCGCCGCAGGGGGCGGGUGCGCGGAACGAGCGUCUGGGCAGGCCGCCGGGGCCGGGGGCCGGCCGGGCGAGCCGCUGGACGCCGGAAUGGAGCCGGGCGAGAAGAGGCCGUCGUCCACCACGUCGGACGGAGACCGGAGGGAAGAACACAGUCGCCUUGAAGCAAGGAAUUGCACAGGACCCGGCCUCUUCUCCCAGACUGGACAAAUUCAAAAUAGCCAGGCAGCUGACGGACAGAGCCAUCAAGGAAAAGAAGAUCUUCUCCAUCUACGGGCACUUCCCGGUGGUCCGGGCAGCUCUGCGGAGGAAGGGCUGGGUGGAGAAGUUCCCCGUGCUGCCCAAGGGCCCUCUGGGUGCCGAGGACAGCGGGGAGGGGGUCCCUGACCACAAAUGUACUGAAGUAAAAGAAAGCCAGCAAGUCGCCUUGGAGAAAGCAGAGACCAUCCAUGACAUGAUGUCCAGGCUGGUGAAGAACGAGACGCCGCACCUGCUCUGGACCAUCAAGAGGGACGCCGUGGACUACCACAACCUGGCCGGGGACCAGAUGCUGAACCACUUCGGGAAGACGGCCUCCUUCACCACCAAGAUCGGGCUGUGCCUGAGCAUGCGGAGCCUGCCGUGGUACGUCCAGGCCAACCCCGACUCCUUCUUCCCACGCUGCUACGGCCUCUGCACCGAGAGCGAGAAGCAGGAGUUCUUGGACGACUUUCGGCGCACGGCCGCGUCCAGCAUCCUCAAGUGGGUGGUCAGCCACCAGAGCUGCAGCAGCAGAAGCAGAGCCAAGGCCAGGAGGGAGGAGGCCAGGGACAGCGACUCAGGCGGCAGGAGAGAUCCCGAGCUCAGGGGCCUCUCGGGGCAGCUGGUGGACGCUGCAUGCAGGGUGUGCCAGGCCUACCUGGGGCAGCUGGAGCAUGAGGACAUCGAUGUGCUGGACGCCGCGGAGGAGCUGACCGAGGCCGAGUGGCAGGACCUGACCCAGCAGUACUACUCGCUGGUGCACGAUGGUGCCUUCAUCUGCAAUUCGAGGAAUUACCUGUCACAGUGCCAGACGCUCCUGCGUAGGAUCAUGUCCGUGAGCCCUCAGACGGAGAUCGACGGGCUCCAGAACAUCUGGAUCCUGAAGCCUGCGGCCAAGUCCCGGGGCCGAGGCAUCACAUGCAUGGACCGUGUGGAGGAGAUCCUGGAGCUGGUGGCCGCGGAGCAGCCGCCCACCAAGGACAGCCGCUGGGUGAUCCAGAAGUACAUCGAGACGCCCAUGCUCAUCCACGACACCAAGUUCGACAUUCGGCAGUGGUUCCUGGUCACCGACUGGAACCCCUUGACCGUCUGGUUCUACAAGGAGAGCUACCUGCGCUUCUGCACACAGCGCUUCUCGCUGCACAACCUGGACAGUGCUGCCCACCUGUGCAACAACUCCAUCCAGAGGAACCUGCAGAAUGACAGCGGGCGCAGCCCCCUGCUGCCCGGCCACAACACGUGGACGAGCUCCAGGUUCCAGGAGUACCUGCAGAGGAAGGGCCGCGGGGCCGUGUGGGGCAGCGUCAUCUACCCGUCCAUGAAGAGGGCCAUCAGCCACGCCGUGAGGCUGGCCCAGGACCGCGUGGAGGCGCGCAAGAACAGCUUCGAGCUCUACGGCGCCGACUUCAUCCUGGGCAGCGACUUCAAGCCCUGGCUCAUUGAGAUCAACUCCAGCCCCUCCAUGCACCCGUCCACGCCCGUCACGGCCCAGCUGUGCGCCCAGGUGCAGGAGGACACCAUCAAGGUGGUGGUGGACCGCAAGCUGGACCGCAACUGUGACACCGGCAACUUCGAGCUCCUGUGGAAGCAGCCUGCGGUGGAGCUGCCGCCCUUUGGUGGAUCCGACCUGUGCGUGCAGGGGGUCAGCGUGCGCAAGCCCAGGAAGCAGACACUGCCCAUAGCCAGCUUCAACUUCUCGGCUCCACUCUCCCACCCACGGAGCUCCUCGGCCCUGCCCGGCCCGGCUCGGGGUCCCCCGCGGCUGGCGGUGCAGCGGGGCCCCAGGCUGAAGGAGGAAAAGGUACUUUCCCGCUUGGCACAGCCAGGGCCCCUGAAGAGGGGCUGCCGGAAGGCCGGCUCCACCAAGGCCCCGGCCGAGACAGAGCUUCCCGCCUGUCGCUGUCGUCCCGAGGACAGCAAGGCCCCCAGGAGCACGCUCACUGAGGCCCCGCCCACCAGCCACGAGGAUCCAAACCUGUGUGACAGGCAGCCCCUGGCGCCCGCCCUCCAGAGUGGGGACAGCACGGAGGGCGCUCUGUGUCCGUCACCCAGAGUGACAGGGCCGCCGAGCGACCUGCGAGCGCCAUGCCUAGUGUGCCAGGGCCCCCUGCCGCCCACGCGGCCAUGCAAGCGCUGCCGCUCCUUCUGCGCCUCCGUGCUGCAGGGCGCCACCUUCGUGCCGCUGGGCGGCGGGCGGGACGGGCCGUGGACGCUGUGAGGCCGCUGGGACGCCUGCGCGCAGCUGCGGGACCGUGUAUACAAAGCUAUUGCAACGUC